GACGUAUAGCGUCUUCCUUCUCCAUCAAGGGCACUGAAAGCUGUGUGAAACCUAGCAGCUGCUCUCCACACGUGUGGCCGCAAUAAACAGGUUUAAUAAAGGCUCUGUGUCGAACCGGACGCCGGUAGAGAUGGACGGGUUCGGGUCGGACUUCUCAGCCGGAGGGUCAGGCGGUAAAAUAGACACCGGGACCAUAAUGGAGCAGGUUAAGGUCCAAAUCGCGGUGGCUAACGCUCAGGAGCUCCUGCAGAGAAUGACUGAUAAAUGCUUCAAGAAGUGCAUAGGGAAGCCUGGAAGCUCAUUGGACAAUUCCGAACAGAAAUGCGUCGCCAUGUGUAUGGACAGAUAUAUGGACGCCUGGAACACCGUGUCCCGAACAUACAACUCCAGGUUGCAGAGGGAACGAGCUCGCAUGUGAAAAACGUCCCACAAAAACUCUCUACCUCCUUCCCUUCAUCGGGCCGCUGCGCACCGUGCAACACUGAUGGUCCCCAUGCAGGUGGAUGAUGCCAGCAGCACAACCCCCCCCCCUCCCCCUGUCAUACUCAAAAGACGGAUGAGGCCUGUGGACUUGUACCUGUAAUGGCAUCUCUGUGGACAUUUUUUUUUUUUUUUUACUCUUGAGGAUCAGAUCGCCAAUCCAGUGUAAUUAUUCCUAUGUUAUAUGUAAUAAAUGCAGUAACUCCUGGUGCAAA